AUGUCCACUGAACAAACACCAUCGAAGGUGGCUGCUUCCGCCUUGUCGAGCCUCGAGCUGAAGGACUCCCAGAAAGACCUCACCGCCACUUUGAAGGCUGCCGCUGCCAGAAAGGAAGCUACCACGGUUGAAAAAGCCGAGGAAGUGGAUGAAAAGCUCAUUGCUCACAACAACUUCCUCAACAAACACAAGGUUCAUCGUCAUCGCUUGAAGGAGCUUGAGAAGGAGGAGCCUUUGCUGCGUGAGAACAAGCAGCGUUUCGUUCUGUUCCCUCUCAAGUACCACGAGAUCUGGAACAUGUAUAAGAAGGCUGAGGCCUCUUUCUGGACCGCAGAAGAGAUUGAUCUCAGCAAGGAUAUUACUGACUGGAACAAGAAGCUCAACGAUAACGAGCGUUACUUUGUUAGCCGUGUUUUGGCAUUCUUCGCCGCUUCUGACGGAAUCGUGAACGAGAACUUGGUGGAGAACUUUAGUGCUGAGGUGCAAGUUCCAGAGGCCAAGUGCUUCUACGGUUUCCAGAUCAUGAUGGAAAACAUCCAUUCUGAGACCUACUCGCUGCUGAUUGACUCCUACAUCAAGGACCCUAAGGAGUCCAAAUUUUUGUUCAACGCUAUUGAGACCAUCCCAUGCAUCAAGGAGAAAGCCGAAUGGGCUAUGCGCUGGAUCAACAACCAGGAUGCGCUUUUUGCUGAGAGACUUGUGGCAUUUGCUGCCGUUGAGGGUAUUUUCUUCUCUGGAUCGUUUGCAUCUAUCUUCUGGCUCAAGAAGCGUGGUUUGAUGCCUGGUCUCACCUUCUCCAACGAGCUCAUUUGCAGAGACGAGGGUUUGCACACCGAUUUCGCCUGUCUGUUGUUCUCGCACCUGAACAACACUCCAGACCACUCUAUUGUUCUUAAGAUCAUCACAGAGGCCGUUGAGAUCGAGAAGCGUUACUUCACCGACGCGUUGCCAGUCUCAUUGUUGGGUAUGAACGCUACCUUGAUGUGCCAAUAUGUCGAGUUUGUCGCUGACCGUUUGCUCGUUGCCCUCGGCGGAAAGAAGCACUUCAACGCCACCAACCCAUUCGAUUUUAUGGAGAAUAUCUCGCUGGCGGGUAAGACCAACUUCUUCGAGAAGCGUGUUUCUGACUACCAGAAGGCCGGUGUCAUGGCCAGUCAGAACCAGGCCGAGUCGAACCCAUCUGAGACCUUCAACUUCGACGAGGACUUCUAG